ACUCCCAUAGUCCCUUGCAUUCAUGGUCAGAAGUACUUGAAAAAAUCUUUCUUUUGGGUGUCAAUUCAUUUUAAUGUUGAGUGAGGUCAGGGCCAAGAGCUACAGCUGCCCACAUUGGUUGGCUCAAGAUUAAAUUUGAAUUUUUCUCUUCAUCAUCCUUUGAAAUUAAAGAUGUUGCUGAGUUGUGAUCCUAAUGACAAAGAAGGUAGUAUGAAGCUUGUGGAGGACCUGACCAUGAAUGCCAACCAUGUACAACAACAGAUACUAGAGGAAAUACUAACACAAAAUGCAGACACCGAAUAUCUAAGAGGCUUUCUUGGCAGCGGUUCCUGCUUCGAUAGGAAGCUUUUCAAGAAGAAAGUCCCCAUUGUGAAUUUUGAGGAUAUCAAGCCAUAUAUAGAACGAAUUGCCAAUGGAGAGCCGUCACAGAUCAUUUCAGGUCAACCCAUCACAGAGCUUCUCACUAGCUCAGGAACUUCAGGAGGACAGCCAAAGUUGAUGCCAUCGACUGCAGAAGACUUGGAUAGAAAAACCUUCUUGUAUAAUCUCCUAGUUCCUGUAAUCAACCAGUAUGUGGAGGGUCUAGACCAAGGAAAGGGGAUGUAUCUCCUAUUUAUAAAACCAGAAAUUAGUACUCCAUCUGGUUUGAUGGCGAGACCAGUGCUAACUAGUUACUAUAAGAGCAGUAACUUCAGAAACCGGCCUUUCAACAAGUUUAAUGUGUACACAAGUCCAGAUGAGACCAUCUUGUGUCUAGACAACAAGCAAAGCAUGUACUGCCAAUUGCUCUGCGGAUUGAUUCAGCGAGACGAGGUGCUCAGGGUAGGCGCAGUCUUCGCAUCUGCAUUCUUAAGAGCAAUCAAGUUCUUGGAGGAUCACUGGCAAGAGCUGUGCUCCAACAUAAGGUCAGGCCAUGUCAGUGACUGGAUAACAGAAUUCAGUUGCAGAAACUCAGUAUUGGGCAUCCUCAGACUACCCAAUUUGGAGUUGGCUGAUUUGAUCGAGUCUGAAUGCAAGGUGAAAUCUUGGGAAGGGAUCAUCAAGAGGCUGUGGCCAAGAACCAAGUACAUUGAUGUUAUAGUAACAGGGUCAAUGGCCCAAUACAUCCCCACACUUGAUUUUUACAGUGGUGGGCUACCUCUGGUUUCAACAAUGUAUGCUUCAUCGGAAUGCUACUUUGGUAUCAAUCUCAAUCCUCUGAGUGAACCAUCCAGUGUGUCCUACACACUCCUCCCCAACAUGGCCUACUUUGAGUUCCUUCCUGUAGACAAAAACAGUGGACAAGAGGGUGAUGGAGUCUCAUGUAAUGUGGAUUCAGAGAUGAAUUACUCAAUAAAGGAAAACAAGGAAGUAGGGGAAGAAAAGGGUGAAGCUGUAGAUCUUACACAAGUGAAGCCUGGUCAUUAUUAUGAACUCGUUGUCACCACUUUCACAGGGCUAUACAGAUACAGAGUGGGAGAUAUUCUAAUGGUGACUGGAUUCCACAACAAUGCCCCACAGUUCCGGUUCGUACACCGGCAGAACGUGGUGCUAAGCAUCGACACAGACAAGACCAACGAGGAAGACCUGUUAAGGGCAGUCACAGAAGCGAAGCUCCUCCUUGACCCACUGGGCUUCCUUCUCACCGAGUACACCAGCUACGCAGACACUUCGUCCAUCCCAGGUCACUACGUGCUCUUCUGGGAGCUCAAACCCAUUAGACAAAAGCCAGAAACGAUGGAGGUGGACAUCGCUGUGAUGGAGGAAUGCUGCUCCACCGUGGAACAGUCGCUGGAUUCCGUGUACAGGAGGUGCAGGAGCAGAGAUAGGUCGAUAGGGCCCUUGGAGAUAAGGGUGGUAAGGCAUGGCACGUUCGAUGCGCUCAUGGAUUUCUUCGUUUCUGGAGGAUCCUCUGUGAAUCAAUACAAGACGCCCAGAUGCGUCAAGUCCCAAGAAGCAAUCAAGAUUUUGGAUUCCAGGGUGGAGGGGAGGUUUAUGAGUAAGAGAGUUCCUUCAUGGGAUCCUUAUUCCUUAGAGAGUGGAAGCUGA